ACAUGUGAAUUGAGGUUUACAUAACGAAUGUAUAGGUAGAGAUGCCGCAAUGGCGUAGAUUUCCUCUUUGGAUUUCUGAAACAGAGAAUUGCUGACAGCUAGUAAAUUUUGAUCUCAACUGUAUCAUGCACUACGAAUAUUAGUGCUCAUGAUUAGUUCAACAGAUCACGCGUUUAUACAUGAAUACAACAUAAUUUGUUAAUUACGUUCUGCCAACCGAUAUCUGUUGUCGGUUACAUUUUUACGUAGGAAAGAAUGGAUUUGUUAAAAUACACUUUGCGUGCUAGCUAUGGGAUCGAAUUGUACGUGCUAUACAUUUUGACAACAUGUUUGCGAAUGAAUUCGGCCACGAUUACAGACAACAAGUACAAAGUGGUGACAAAGACAUUAAUUCAGAACCAUGCCGGGUCUUUUUUAUCUUCAUCAACCUGGAAAACGAAGCUGGGAUGUGCUACCGCAUGUGACAACUCGAACUGUUUAUCGUUCUCCUACAACUCCGCCACGAGGGAGUGUAGAACGUACACAGUCGAAAUAUGCCACAGAGACGACGGUGUGACGUCAUCGACAGUCUCAUUCUACGCAAAAGUGGUCAGCUUUACCUCUCUGAACCACUGUGGUGACGUGCCAAUAGCUCAUUGUUCGGGAGUAUACACACUGAGUCUCACUACCAGUGUCCAAGUUUUCUGUGAUAAAGACACUGCUGGAGGACCAUGGACGGUUAUCGCCAAUAGAUACGAUGGGUCCGUGGACUUUUACCAAACGUGGAAUCAAUACAAAAAUGGGUUUGGAAGUUUGACUGGAGAGUUCUGGCUAGGUUUCGAGAACUUGAGAGCGGUGUUAGCCCAGAAUAUGAAGCUUCGAAUCGAGAUGGAAGGGUGGGAUGGAUCCUUAAAAUAUGUCGAAUACAGUACAUUUUCCGUGUCUGAUGAGGCAUCAAAGUAUGUGCUAUCUAUAGGCGGUUACAGCACGCCAGACGGAUUAUUUAACGCCCUUUCAUACCAUAAUGGCAGGCCUUUCUCCACCCAUGACAAUGAUAAUGACGCCUAUAGUGGUAGCUGCGCCAGUGGUGCAUAUGGAGCAUGGUGGUAUGGUGAGUGUAUUGAUUCCAACCUGUUCGGGAGGUACACGUCAGAAACUGGCUACGACUCAAUGCUUUGGAAGUAUUUCGUCUCCGCUUCAACGAGUUACACACCUGUCAGGACAAUGAGAAUGAUGCUUAUCAAAGCAUAGGACUGUAUGUGUUACCUUUGGAUGUAUUUAAGUGUCUU